UACUUCACACAAGAAAAAAAACAAACCAUUCACUUCACUACAUUGUUUACUUCUCUCUUCCCUUCUCCUACUUCCAUCUCUCUCUCUCUCUCUCCCUCAGCCUCAAAAAUCUCUGCAUCUACUACCUCAAUUCUUGUCAGAAAAUACCCAUCUCAAACCCGGAAAUUGUGUCCUUCUCUCCUGAUUAUCACCCAAAACUCCCCCAAGAAUCCUGAAUUCUUCCAAUCCUCUUACAACCCUAGCAACUCAGAACUGCUCCAAACAAGGAGAAGAAGAAGAAGAGGAAGAAGAAGUCAUACUAUUGCGAUAAACAGAGCAACAGAGGUAGCUAGCAAGAACCUAAGAUAGACAUUUCACAGCAACCAAACACCAGAAGAAAAAGGGUUUCAGUUGUAUGGAGCUCUUUCCUGCACAACCAGACCUUUCCCUCCAAAUCAGCCCACCAAACACCAAACCCUCAUCCACAAGCUGGAGACGAAGAGCUGAAGACGGUAUGGAUACUUUGGGCUUCUGGAAAAGGGCCCUCGACUCAAAAACUCCCAUCUCAACUCCAAUGACGCCGGAAUCCGACAACCGGCGUUUCGACCUCUCCUCGACCAAUCACAGGAGGGUUUUCUCAGACCACAACGCCAGUAUCAACUCCUCCAACCACCAUCUCCGCUACCUCCUCCACCACGGCGGUGGAGGCGCAGCCCAUUUCCUCCACCAGCCCCACCAAGGACUUAGCCAAGAGCUCAACUUCUUGAGGCCUAUUAGAGGAAUUCCAGUCUACCAAAACACUUCUCCGCCAGUUCUAGUGCCAUCUACUUCUGCCAACACUUUGAAUAACACAACUCCCUCACACACUCCUACCAAUUACCACUCUCAAGAACUACUGCGAUCCCGGUUUCUGUCGAGGUUUCCGGCCAAACGCAGCAUGCGGGCGCCCCGAAUGCGGUGGACUACGACGCUUCAUGCUCGGUUUGUUCAUGCUGUUGAGCUCUUGGGGGGCCAUGAAAGAGCAACACCCAAGUCAGUUCUUGAACUCAUGGAUGUCAAAGAUCUCACCUUAGCUCAUGUUAAGUCUCAUUUACAGAUGUAUCGUACGGUAAAAUCAACCGAUAGAGCUGCAGCUACUUCAGGACAAUCAGAUGUAGUUGAAAACGGGUCGUUCGGAGACACUUCGGAUGAUUUUCUGUUGGAGAUUCAGAAUUGUAAGAAGUCUGAGGUAUCAUCAUCAGUCCAACAGGGAAGACAAACUACUAUGAAAAAUGACAUGGAUUACCAUGGUUUGUGGAGCUAUUCCUCAAGCAGGGAAGACCGGUUGCAUGGGAAACCCACUGACUCUGGAGGAGGGAACAUACAGUCCUCUACAUUUGAGACAUGCAUGCAGAAAGAGAUGGAACCGAAAUGUCUAAAUUAUGACAGAAUAUCAGAAGCAAGCUCAUCAAGUGCAUCAGAGACGAGCCCAAAGAAGAAGCCUAAUUUGGAGUUCACGCUGGGCAGGCCACACUGAAAAAAAUCUUGUGUUUGGCAGUGUACAACUACUCAUAGUGAAAUCAUUACAGCUCUGGUGAAGAGAGAUGAGAGAGAAAGAGAGAGAAUCAGGUGCCCACUGAGGAAAAAUCAGAAGGGAAAAGAGAGAGAGAGCUAAAGAAAGACAAGGCGACAAGAAAGACAGAAAGCAAACAAAAGGGAGAGAAAAAGAGGAAAAAGAGAAAAGGCCAUGCAUGCAUGUGGUUGCUGUCAAAGUUUGAGAUUCAGUAUUAAUCAAUAUCUUAUUAUAAUAUUAAUUAUUCCUAAGUAAAUAUUAUAUAUUAUGAAAAACCUAAUUGAUUUUUGUAUUUGUUGUGAACUUAUAUAUAUAUAUAUAUUUAUAUAUAUAGCUAGAAAAAAGAGGGAAAAGAGAAAGGGUUUGAUGAGGAUGAUGAGUCAAUUAGAGGGGUUGAGAAUUAAUUAAGUUAUCCUUGAUAAUUGUAUGAUGAGGCACUUUUUUAUAUUUUAAUUUUGACAAAAGAAAUAUGGUAUUAUAUUUUUGAAAAAAGAGUUUGAGCUCUUUUUAUACUUAUUCGGAUUU